GCCGCCAGGAUGCCCCGGCCCGCGGGCCGGUCCGUCGCCAGCCACCUCCGCGGCCCCGGGCAGCGGGCGCUCAGUGCCGGGGCGCGGGAACCGCAGCCGGAGCCGGAGGCGGGAGCAGCGAGCUGGAGCCUCGGGCGCCCGAAUGCUGGCUGCUUGUGGCCCCCGGCAUCGCCAAGCCCCCACAUGUGAGGGCUGCUGCCUUUGGAGGAGGAGGAGGAAGGAUGCCAGAGCCACUCUCCAGCUCCGGUCUGCACCAUGAGUGAUGAGCGGCGGCUGCCUGGCAGUGCGGUAGGCUGGCUGGCAUGUGGAGGCCUGUCGCUGCUAGCCAACGCCUGGGGCAUCCUCAGUGUGGGUGCCAAGCAGAGGAAGUGGAAGCCUCUGGAGUUCUUGCUUUGCAUGCUGGCGGCCACACACAUGCUCAACGUGGCAGUGCCCAUUGCCACGUACGCUGUUGUGCAGCUGCAGAAGCAACGUCCCGACUAUGAGUGGAACGAGGGCCUCUGUAAGGUCUUCGUGUCUACCUUCUACACCCUCACUCUGGCCACCUGUUUCUCUGUCACCUCCAUCUCCUACCACCGCAUGUGGAUGGUCCGCUGGCCAGUCAACUACCGGCUGAGCAAUGCCAAGAAGCAGGCGGUGCACACAGUCAUGGGCAUCUGGAUGGUGUCCUUCAUCCUGUCCGCCCUUCCUGCCGUCGGCUGGCAUGACACCAGCGAGCGCUUCUACACCCACGGUUGUCGCUUCAUCGUGGCUGAGAUCGGCCUUGGCUUCGGCGUCUGCUUCUUGCUACUGGUGGGUGGCAGCGUGGCCGUGGGCGUGGCCUGCACAGCCAUCGCCCUCUUCCAGACACUGGCCACGCAGGUGGGGCACCAGGCUGGCCGCCGUGCCUUCACUGUGCCCACCAUCGUGGUGGAGGAUACACAGGGCAAGCGUCGCUCCUCCAUUGACGGCUCGGAGCCUGCCAAAACCUCGCUGCAGAUCACAGGCCUGGUGGCCGCCAUCGUGGUCAUCUAUGACUGCCUCAUGGGCUUCCCUGUGCUGAGGUACUUCCUCCCCUCACCCCAGGCCCUUUCCAAGAGAAGCAAUACCACUGCCUUCCCCUGCCCAGGUCCCAGGAUGUGGCAGGUGGUGAGCUUCAGCAGCCUGCGGGCUGACGCCUCAGCUCCCUGGAUGGUGCUCUGUGUCCUGUGGUGUUCUGUGGCCCAGGCCUUGCUGCUACCUGUGUUCCUCUGGACCUGUGACCGCUACCGGGCAGACCUCAAAGCAGUCUGGGAGAAGUGCAUGGCCCUUAUGGCCAAUGACGAGGACUCUGACAAUGAGACCAGCCUAGAUGGCAGCAUCUCCCCUGACCUGGUACUGGAACGUUCCCUUGACUACAGCUGUGGAGGUGACUUCGCUGCCCUGGACAGGAUGGCCAAGUAUGAGCUUUCUGCCCUGGAAGGAGGCUUGCCCCAGCUCUACCCUCUGCGGCCACUGCAGGAGGAUCGGAUGCAGUAUCUGCAGGGCGCGGGGAGGCAUCAGUGCGGGUUUCCAGGAGGGCAGCCCCGUUUCAGCCCGGCCGGGUGCUCGCAGGUCCCGCCCACACGGCGGUUCUCCCACGAUGACGCCGACGUCUGGGCGGCCGUCCCGCUGCCCACCCUCUUGCCCCGCUGGAGCUCCGGCGAGGACCUGGCAGUCCUGGCGCACCUAAUGCUGCCCGCGGGGACCGACCAGCGGCGCAGGAGCCUGCUGGCUUUCGCUGAGAAUGCGCCCCCAUUCCGCCCGCGCCGUCGCUCAGCCGAGAGCCUGCUGUCCCUGCAGCCCUCGUCCCUGGACGGCGGCCCGCGUGGCACCCACGACUCGCCUCCCGGCAGCCCGCGUCGCCGCCCCGGGCCGGGCACCCGCUCCGCCUCGGUCUCGCUGCUGCCUGAUGCCUUCGCUCUAACCGCCUUCGAGCGCGAGCCGCAGGCCCUACGUCGUCUGCCCGCCCCAGCCCGGCCAUUCCCCGCCACCCGCGACGGCACGGAGCCUGGUGAGGUCCCGACGCCCCCUGGCGGCGGUGCGCAACGCAGCCACGGACGCAGGGCCGCGCGCGCGCACGCAGGGCCCCUGCAGACAGGCCUGAGCGCGUCGUGGGGCGAGCCCGGCGGUUUGCACGCGGCGGGCGGCGGCAGCACCAGCAGCUUUCUGAGCUCGCCUUCCGAGUCCUCGGGCUACGUCACACUGCACUCGGACUCGCUGGGCUCUGCGUCCUAGUGGUCCUCGCCAGGGACGCCACGCAGAUGGGAGAGGCACAGCACCAAAGAUGCUGGGCGCGUGUGCUGGGCACGUGUGCUGGGCGCGCGGACAAGUGCCACCCACCCUAGGGGUGGAUGGAUGGUGGACUCGGCACCCCUCUUACGGUUCUGAUAUCUCCUGGAGGAACAAUGACCGCCCUUGACGGCUGCACGGGACGCCAGCCUGCUGCUGGGGACGGCAUCUCUCAGGAAGGGACAGGCUGUGCCUUUGUAGUGAGUGGCAUCUGCACGUUUAGUACACCUCCCCGGCCUUCUGAGACUAGGCUGGGGUGUAUAGGGGAUCCCGAGACCCGCCCACCAUGAGAAAGGACGAAGUCCCUUCUCUGAGAAGCUUAAGCCAGAGCUGCUGGACAACAUUCAUUUCUACUUGCUCUGCACCUGCCUCAUCUCAAGGGUGUGGCACGUAGAGCAUCUGUAAGCACAGGGGUCUUCAGAACCCAAACAAGGCCUACUGAGCAGGCUUCCCUGUGACCUGCCUCAGUUUCCCUGUCUCUGAUGUGUGGAUGACCAUGAUACAUCUCUCAGGGCUGUUUGAAGAACCCCCCUGGUCCUUGAAUGGACCAGGUGUGAGAGGUAGCCUAGGACCCUUUGUGAGGGUCAGCCUUCAGCACAUGGCCCCCCCAGACCUGAGGCACCCCUCCCCCCAUCUCAAUGGCCCUUGCCCUCUUGGAGAUUGACCUCAGCUAAAGCACAACACCACCACCAUGGGUAUAACAGCCGCCUUGACCCCCACUAGUGUCCCCAUGCUCCAGACUCCACCACAUUGCCUGUCUCCCACUACUUCGGCCACUUCUGUGACCCUGCUGUGGUGCACGGAGCUAAAGUCGAUGGAACCAGGCUCUGCUGUCCUGGUGUCCGUCUCCAGCUUUGCUUCGCACACACAGCGGCCCCACAGAGGGGGCUUACCCCUGUGUAGGCCCCCACCCACCUCCCCACCUGCACCCCUAACCCACUGCAAGGAAGGGCUGUGCUCUCCCCUGGGUGGACCUCUCUCUGGGCUUGGGCUGCUCCAGGGGAAUAGCUCUUCCCGGGAGAUGUCCAGGGUAUGAGUUAGGGUGGGGUAGCCUUGCCACCAUUCAGCAGAACCUCUGUGUUGGGACCUGGAGAUGGUCUCAAGGCCAGCACAGAGCAGCCCUUCUCCUUUGCACGAUGACCAGGCCCAUCUCUUCUCCCUUGCACAGAGUUCUAAGUCCAGCUGCGUAUGGGGGUGGGUGACUGCUCUGUCCUAGGCCUCAGAGGUGGCUGUAGUUCCUGGCUGUGGGGUAAAUGAAGGAUGAACCAAUCCAGAUGGUGAAGCAGGGGGCUACAGUCUGUCCAUGUCUGGACACGGGAGAAGCUUUCUCCGGCUGUCUGCUGCUGUGCCUUCAGGGACUGACAUCAUGUAGGGGCAGGGGUCACCAGCUAGCCACUGUCUCCCCUCACUGGCCUCAAAUCGUCAAUUGAUCACCACUCUCUUUUGUAUUCAAAGGCAAUACUUGUCAUGGGGACAUGGUCCUCAUAAGUCAGUCCUACUUUUUACAGAACUUUAAGGGCAAACCCCACGCAGAGGACCCUGGAUGACUAGGGCUCUUCCCCACUCCCCGUUCAGCCUCCCUGUUUGCCGACGCUCAUAAGGACCUUGGCCAUGGGUUACUGGUAAGAACGCUAUCUAGACAACACCGCUCAGCCCAGAGUCUGGGAUUUGUUUGUAGAUUUUUGAAAAACAGCAUUUCUCUUCUGUACAGGACCCAAUAAAAAAACGUCCUCAUGAUUUGCACAC